CGUAAACUGAUAAGAAUUGUAACGCAAGGCACGCAGUGUGAUAAAACAAAGAACUAGCCAAUUGAUUUCAGCAGAAAGCAGAGAAAUUCGAAAUAAAACUUUACAUUCCAAUAAACGAAAUGUCCUCAAAGGUUAAGAUUGGCAUCAUCGGUGGAUCCGGGUUGGACGACAGCCAGAUUAUUGAGAAUCGCACCGAGCGCGUGGUAAACACACACUUUGGCAUUCCCUCCGAUGUUCUUAUCGAAGGAAAAAUUGCCGGUGUGGAUUGCGUUCUGCUGGCGCGCCACGGUAGAAAUCAUUCGAUUAUGCCAUCGAACGUCAACUAUCGGGCCAACAUUUGGGCACUGAAAACGCUUGGCUGUACGCAUGUGAUUGUAUCGACGGCUACCGGUUCGUUAAAGGAAGAAAUACAUCCCGGCGAUAUUGUCAUUCCGGACAAUUUUAUCGACCGUACAACGAAACGUGUGCAAACGUUUUACGAUGGUAAUGAGUUGCUGUCGGGCGUCUGUCACAUUCCGAUGGAACCGGCAUUUUGUAAUCGCACGCGAGACGUUCUCAUCGAAACGGCUCGAGGUAUCGGUCUUGCAGUACACGAGAAGGGCACGGUCGUUACAAUCGAGGGUCCCCGUUUUUCUAGUAAAGCGGAAAGCAAUCUUUUCCGCCAGUGGGGUGCCGAUCUUGUAAACAUGACUCUGGUACCAGAGGUAGUACUGGCGAAGGAGGCUGGCCUCUGCUAUGCUGCCAUUGCUAUGGCAACCGAUUACGAUUGCUGGAGAGAGACGGGUGAGGAUGUGAAUGUGGCAGAUGUGUUGGCAACGUUCAAGAAGAACGUUACCAAGGUAACUGAUCUGAUUAUCAACGCUAUACCGAAGGUAGCCGCCCUGGAUUGGUCGGAUACGAUUGAAGAGCUGGGGAAGACAGUUAAUACCAGUAUUAUGCUUCCUCAUUCUAACUAAAUGCUCAAAAAGCACACUUUACCAAAUAUAUGCACAAAAGCGAACAACACUAUCGCGAUCCGAACACUCAGUCGUCAGUCUAUCCGGGAGAUACUGAUCGCCUCGCCGUCGGUACGAAAAGAUGGAUGUUAAUGGGGUAAACCAAUCAUAUGCCUAGUCAAUUGCAAUCUUUUUCUGCCAUAAGUGGACCGAUGCAAAGGGAGGGCCCUCAGUGACAGCCGUGCUUACCUUCAAAAGCAAUACUAUCCCAUGUUCAGCACAAAUAAUGAUAAAUAUCUUUCCACACCGAAAAAUGGAAGUCGUUUGUCCCUGUGUAAUUUUUCGAAUAAUAAACCAUUUGUAAAGGCAUUACCUUUUAUUGAC